AUGAAGGGGAGGCCACUGUUCAAGAGCCCUCUCCCCCGCAGCUACCUCUCCGACACCUCCAGCGUCUCGUCGGCCGCCGUCGCCACCCACCGCGUCUACCAAGUCUGGAGAGGGAAGAAUGACGUUGUGGUGCUGGUGCUCACGUCGGGUCGGGACCCCGGCAUCAUCCCCCGGAACGCGCGGCCGCCGGAGCCCGACGACGCGGCGACGGACAGCUCCUCCUUCGCGUCCCCAGCGACGGGCGCGUCGUGGUCGCUGCCCCCGACGCGCGACGUGUACGUGAACGGCGUGGUGGUGAAGGUGAAGUACUGCCACACGUGCAUGCUGUACCGGCCCCCGCGCUGCUCGCACUGCUCCGUCUGCAACAACUGCGUGGAGCGCUUCGACCACCACUGCCCCUGGGUGGGCCAGUGCAUCGGCCGCCGGAACUACCGCUUCUUCUUCAUGUUCAUCUCCUCCACCACCUUCCUGUGCCUCUACGUGUUCGCCUUCUGCUGGGUCAACCUGCUGCUCAUCUCCCGGCAGUACGGCGUGAGCUUCGGCCACGCCGUGGCGGAGUCCCCGGUCUCCGGCUGCCUCAUCGUCUACACCUUCGUCACGGCGUGGUUCGUCGGCGGGCUCACGGCGUUCCACUCCUACCUCGUGUGCACCAACCAGACCACGUACGAGAACUUCCGGUACCGGUACGAGCGCAAGGCCAACCCCUUCAACCGCGGCGCCGGCAGCAACAUCUCCGAGAUCUUCUUCUCGCCGAUCCCGCCGUCCAGGAACGACUUCCGGGCCAAGGUGUCCCCCGCCGACCCGGACGCCGCCGCGCUCUACUACCUCGGCCCGCUGUCGUCCGAGUCGCGGAUCAGCUUCUACACCAGGGCCAGCCUCAGCUUCGACAUGGCCAAGGCCAGCUUCGACCUCAACUACUCCGCCAAGCGCACCAGCGUCGCGUCCUCCGACUUCGGCGACAUCUACGGCGGCAGCCACGGCGGGCACGGCCACGGGGCGCUCGACCGGGUCUCUACUACGCACCUGCAGCAGCCGCGGCACUCCAUCUUCGGCGGGCCCGGCAGGGAGAGCAAGAAGGCGGAGGACGAAGCGGACGCCGUCACGGCGGAGCUCGGGGCCACGGUGCACAUGCACUACGGCGCCGCCUCCGGCCGGUCGCGCGCGAGGGAGUUCGAGGUGGUGUGA